UUCGUUGUCAGAGUCUGCAGAGUGUUUGAUUUUUUAUUUUUCCCUCCCUCUCUGACAUGUGUCAGGAAAUAAAGGCUGGAUGCAGGCCCAUUACGUCAUUCUGCAGGCCAAUUUAUGAGGAAUCCAAGAUGAAUUUGGAGCAGGAGAGGCCCUUUGUCUGCAGUGCCCCAGGCUGCUCCCAGCGCUUCCCAACAGAGGACCAUCUGAUGAUUCAUAGGCACAAGCAUGAAAUGACUUUGAAGUUUCCCUCAAUAAAAACAGACAAUAUGUUAUCAGAUCAGACUCCAACCCCAACGAGAUUCCUGAAGAACUGCGAGGAAGUAGGCCUCUUCAACGAGCUGGACUGCUCCCUCGAGCACGAGUUCAGGAAGGCUCAGGAGGAGGAGAGCAGCAAGCGGAAUAUCUCAAUGCAUAACACAGUUGGUGGAGCCAUGACGGGGCCUGGGACUCACCAGCUCGGCAGCGCUCGGAUGCCCAACCACGACACCAGCGUUGUGAUUCAACAAGCCAUGCCAUCUCCCCAGUCCAGCUCUGUCAUCACACAGGCACCUUCCACCAACCGCCAGAUCGGGCCUGUCCCAGGCUCUCUAUCUUCUCUGCUACACCUCCACAACAGACAGAGACAUCCCAUGCCAGCCUCCAUGCCCGGGACCCUGCCAAACCCGACGAUGCCGGGAUCUUCCGCCGUCUUGAUGCCAAUGGAGAGACAAAUGUCAGUGAACUCCAACAUCAUGGGGAUGCAAGGUCCAAAUCUCAGUAACCCCUGUGCAUCUCCCCAAGUCCAGCCAAUGCAUUCGGAAGCCAAAAUGAGGUUGAAGGCUGCGUUGACACACCAUCCUGCCCCCAUGUCCAAUGGGAACAUGAACACCAUGGGGCACAUGAUGGAGAUGAUGGGCUCCCGGCAGGACCAGACGCCGCACCAUCACAUGCACUCGCACCCGCAUCAGCACCAGACACUGCCACCCCAUCACCCCUACCCGCACCAGCACCAGCACCCGGCACACCAUCCUCACCCUCAGCCCCAUCACCAGCAGAACCACCCACACCACCACUCCCAUUCCCACCUCCACGCACACCCAGCACAUCACCAGACCUCUCCACACCCGCCCCUGCACACCGGCAACCAAGCACAGGUUUCACCAGCGACACAGCAGAUGCAGCCCACCCAGACAAUACAGCCGCCCCAGCCCACGGGGGGGCGCCGGCGAAGGGUGGUAGACGAGGAUCCCGACGAGAGGCGGCGGAAAUUUCUGGAACGGAACCGGGCAGCUGCCACCCGCUGCAGACAGAAGAGGAAGGUCUGGGUGAUGUCACUGGAAAAGAAAGCAGAAGAACUCACCCAGACAAACAUGCAGCUUCAGGGUCCAGCUCCUGAGUCCAAACCUUGUCUCUUAAGAAAGGCCCUUGUAAACACGGAGGACAAAUUGAAGAAUGAAGUGUCCAUGUUGAAAAAUGAGGUGGCCCAGCUGAAACAGUUGUUGUUAACACAUAAAGACUGCCCAAUUACAGCCAUGCAGAAAGAAUCACAAGGAUAUCUAAGUCCAGAGAGCAGCCCUCCUGCCAGUCCUGUCCCAGCUUGCUCUCAACAGCAAGUCAUCCAGCAUAACACCAUCACUACUUCCUCCUCAGCCAGCGAAGUCGUGGGAAGCUCCACCCUCAGUCAGCUCACCACUCACAGAACAGACCUGAAUCCGCUUCUUUAAAAUUCAUGGGUCAGACCUGCCUCCAAGAAGUGCUGUAGCAUACCAUGAGUCCUUUCUUUUAAGGACAUUUUUAGAAUUAACUCAGACCUGGAAGACUCUUCAGCCCUUCAAAGACUGGCUUUCAUUUUUAUAGUUGUUAUGGAAAUGUUGUCUUUUAUACUUAGUUAUAUAAGAAAAAAAGGGAGUUAUGCAAUUAAUAUCUAUCAGCUUGGGAAAUGCUUUGGUGCUUUUGUCCAGUUUUCUGGUACCAGUUAACUUGUUUAUAAACUGAACUCUUUCUGUAUAUAGUCAUGGUUUCAUUCUUAUCAGUCCAACCCUUUGCCUGAAACAGUGAAUCUUGUUAAACCACAGCUUUUAGCCAAAAUGAGGCAUACCUUGAUGUCACGUAAGGCCCAUCCAAGGUAACUGGGUGAGAAGUCUGAUGACAUCAUGACACAUGUUGCAUUUGGGCUCUGGUGUCACCAGAAUCCCAGAUAAACACAGAGACUCUUCCACAUUUUUUUUUCCUGUUACUAUUAAAAAGUGGUAACAUCCAUUGAUGUCCAAAUAAAACCACCAAGCAUCUUACCACCUCUUCUCUUCCUUCUGGUCCGCUUGCUCGAAUGCCCAAUUUUCCUUGGGCUUCCUGUUUACUCUUCAUUUUUACUUUCUUUUAUUUUUUUCUUCCUUUAGCAUUGCAUGUAAAGAAAAAAAUAAUGUUUAAAGAAAAAAUAAUGCAAACCUCAAAAAUGUGGACCGAGCCAUUGCUUCACUUACCUGUAACCCACAGCUGGGGUUCAUUCAGCCAUUGCUUUCUACAAAAUAGAAACCAGGAGAUGUUUAAUGUGCCUGAUUGAAUGUUUUUAAUAAUCAGAGCAAAUAAAAGGUGGUUUAGCUACAGGUGAAGCCCUGCUGAAUGCCAGCUGUGGAGACACCGGGACGGGAGCUUCGUAAGCCUCGAUUGUGAAAGUCCAAAUUAUGAUACGGGGCUAUAACAUCACACCCUUGAAUUGCAACUGGUUUUAUAUGGCCUGUCUAUAAUGUUGAAAAUCCACAUACUAUAUAAUAAUUCAGAAGGGCUCUGUUCACUACACAGAUUGCAUUGUUCAAUCAUCAGCUGCUAAUAGCCUGAGAUCUAUUUAUUUAUUUUUCUUAAGCCUAUGGAACCAGCUUUGCUGUUGUGGUGGGUGAAAGUAGACUAACUACUGGAGAAACAAAGAAAGGAAGGAAGAAAACCCAAUGUUUCCAUAUGUAGGCUGCCUACACUACCGCAACAAUGAAUGCACCCUUUGGCUGUUGAAGGGCUCCCAUGGUUGUGGCACAGGCUACUCUAUUCUUCUGAAUAAUUCUGGUUUGUAUUUUCAUCAGCUUACAUGGACUUGCCCACUAUAAAAAGCAGAUCGUCCCCAAACCACAGUUGUGCCUCCUUGAAACAAGCCAUUCUACUGUGCUAAUGUUUAAUAUUGCAUCUCACAAAUAACAGGGGCUAAUGUUUCUCUCUAGCAGUCUGGACAGGUGCUGGUGUUUCAUCUCCAUUUGAAUGCUUGACCUCCUAACAUUUGUGUGUGUGUGUGUGUGUGUGUGUGUGUGUGUGUGUGUGUGUGUGUAUGUGUGUUUGUUCAUGGGUUUUAAAAGAACAGUAUUUUACAAAAGGUUUAGCUUUUAUAAAAGUUCAGAAAAAGGAAGGAUGUGUUUUUUUCUCUCACUAUAGUUUAAGAAUCUAUUUUGGAGAAAAAAAUAUGAGGGUCGUGAAGCAUGAUUUUUAUAACUAGUUUCUGUUUAUUUAAUAACUUACAUUUUAAAUCAAUAUUUAUCAAUAAUCUUUCCAUGUAUGCAGUGCUUUCAAAGGGUUUUGAGUGAAAACUCAUUACUUAGAUAAAUGGUCGAAGCUAAACAAAAACCAAAAAAAGAAAAAAAAGAAAAGAAAGAAAAAAAGUGCAAAUGAAAAGGAUUUAUAUUAUAUUUUAGACAAACACAUCAUUUUCAAAUAUUUUAAAUACUGAAUUCUUAGUAAUUUUUUUAAAUUCCAGCAGUAACAGCUGAGUGGUUUAACCUGAAUGUGGCUUCCUAAGAAAUGUUUAACAUUUAGCUUUAAAAAGAAGUUAACAUUCUUAUCUCUAUUUUGAAAUUAAAGAUAAUUUUUCCAAAAUUCCUUCCUAGGACUUCUAUAUGUCUCAAAAGAAAGGAAAAGUGCAUUGAAAUGUUUUUAAAUUUAAAAUUUAUUUUAUGUUUUGCUUUGUUUUAAAUACAUGAAAACUUUUCUUUCUUUACUGCAUGCAUAGCACUUAAUAAAAUGGAUUUUUAAAAAAAAAUCCACUGGUAAAAUUGGAAUGUCCAGGCAGUGACCCGUCACUAAAAUUGUGGUUUAGUUUAUUUCUGUUCCACCUCUUGAUUAAAAUAUUUAGUUGUUAAACUGAAAGCCUCUGCAGUUAAGAACUUGCCUGAAUUUUCUUAAUUCAGCAUCUUGACAGUUUGACUGAUGUGCAUUAUAUAUAGCUCAAUUAUGUCUGUUUUUUAUGCUAAGUAGGCAAGCCAACCACACACGUUAGCAAACCAGCCUAAACGCAUAAUUAGAAUAAACUGUCUUCUUGUUAUACUCAGGGCCUUUAGGUAUGUUCAUUAGCAGUGUGGAAAUACAGUAAAUGAAAGAUGUCAGCUAUUUGUCAGAGGCUAGCUAUUUGUCAGUGCUUCUUGAAAAUCCCAAACAGAAAGGCUCAUUGGCCCAAUCCAACAUGCAGCUUCCCAGGAUUAAGUAUUUCACUUAAAGGUCCAGCCUUUGCCAGACCCCAGGAUAAUCGUUCUGCCUAAAAGCCUCUCCUUCUUGCCCUUCUCUUUUGGCCAACAUGGGAAAACAUCUUCUUUCUAGCUCCUUCCCCUCUCCUGCCUUCUUACUGAGUUACCCAUGUAUAUUUUCACCAAUCAGGUGUAAGAUCUUCAACACCCCUUGCCUGAGGUGGCCAGAGCCCUGCCUCUCUUCAUUCCUGGGUGGUUUCUUUAUUAUCAGUAGGAUCUGCCACUGCAACCACUGCCAGCCUGCCUGGGAACUGGUACCGUGCCUCCCCGCCUUUUGUGAUAGGAGUUAGCAACUUAGAAAGGUAAACCUGCUAGCAGUUUUACCUGGUGAAUCCUCAUCUGAAUGGUGGCUUCCACAUCGUAAUUGUUUCUCCUUGCUACAUUUUUGAACCUAGGGUGCUGGAACAGGUAUAGUGAAAAUUCCACCCAUGAAUGAAUGUACUAAUUUGAAAACCUGGUGUUAAGUCACAUGUUUUCUCUUUACACUCCCAGUUAUCCCUUUCUUACCUCCAAGUCAAUGUAUGCAAGUCACAGUCUUAACACUGCCUGGCCUGUGGGGGACAGUCUGUGUGUGAUGCCAGUGUGCGUUAUAAAAAUUAGGGUGAUUUACUCAGAGCAAAUGCUCUUUGGAGCCUAUUCACUCAAUGGAAUAAAAUGAAACCCAUAUUCUGAAUAGAGCAGCAUCAAUGAUGAAUGUUCAGGUGGUUGUUGCCUGUUAGUUAAGUAAAUUUUACUGUAUUAGUUGAGCUUGUCAUUAAAAUCAUAAACCGGCUAUGGUAAAAGACCAGCCUUAGGCUGGAGGUUUUUAAGCAUUGGUUAACUGCUAUAAAACUAGCCAUCCAGUUAGGAUAGAAUGUGCUUCUUUCUCUGGUUAAUAAAAACCAUCUAAAAUAAAUAAAUAUAUGUAUGUAUGUAUGUAUGUAUACAGGGGAAUUCAAGGACCAAAGCAAAAUUUGAACAGGAAUCUAUUAAUUUAGAAUUUUAUAAGAUAUUUAUUAAUAAAUGUUAUUUUUAAACAUUCCAUUUGAACAGUAUUCUUCUGUAGGGUCUACUUGUUUUUAAAGUAUUAGUUCAUAAUAAACUACGCUAGUUGUGUGUAUCUUCAUUUUUCAGGGUUUCGAAUGGCUAUUCCCCAUCAUUUGGUGGGAAUGUUUGCUUAGUUCUCUGUGCAUAGAAAUUUCCAGACUUUUUAUUGCUCAGUGAGUUAUUUUUUUUAUCUACAUACUGAACAGUUUUUUUCAAAGCAUUUAUUUCUGUUUUUCAUUUUUAAAGUAAGCCCUUUUGUUUAGGAAGCAGAGUUCAGCUAAAGGGAAUCAGUAACUAUAACUGGAACAGCUUUCUUGUAAAAGUGUAAAAAACAACUUCAUCUCUGCUUCUCUCCACCCCACCCCAAUUUCCUAGAAUGCCUUGCACUAUUCAGCUUCCUUAGUGUUCUUUUUGUCCCUUCCCAAACAAUGUGCAGUAGCUUUAAGCCAUUCAAGCUCUAUUAUGCAGUAUAUCUGAGAAGGGAAAGGAAACAACCCAUUUAAAUUUGAAUAAAACUGUGCCUAUACGAACAGUAGCAAUUUAGAAUCUUUCCUGUUUGUCAAAUAAUUUAUGUUUAAAAAUUGCACUUUAGCUUUUUUUUUUAAAAUCCCUUUCUGUUUCCCUUGUUCUCUUUUUAACCUCUUCUCCUCAAACUUGCCUUUGCUCUCCCCCUUUCAAACUCUCCCACCCUCCAAGGCUCUGAGCUGCACCAUUUAAAAUACUUUACAGAGUAUUUGCACCAGGUACAUUUACAUGUGCUCAUUAGUAGCAUAGCUGAAACGUGUUUCUCACUUCAGCCUAAAUGUAGCCUGCUAUGAGAAUGCCAAGGAGAAGAGCCAGGACACUCUAUCCCCUAUUCAUAGCAUGUUUUCUAAAGAUGUUAUAUUAUGCAAAAGAUGUGAGGCAGCAGCUAAGCUACACUUAAGAAUUUUCUAUCUCAUCCUCUGAACCAAAGUGUCCUGAAUAAGCCAGGAGACUUAUUCUCAUGUGCAUCACGGUGCACGAUUGACUGUUGUCUUAGCCAUAGCCUCUCUCAGACCACUGAAGUAACAGUGGUCCUAUCUAUUUCAUUCCUAGGUCUCAAAAAUACAGUGUUGCCUUGUAAUAUAAUUAGGACAGCACCUCUGUUUUACCAUUAUAAUCUAAGGAAGGACAAGAAGACACAGAAGCAAUAAACUUACAAGUAAAAUUCAAUACCAAAAUAAGUACACAAAGAAAGAAAUAGAAAUCCUAGCUCAUCGUGUUGUAAAAAUGAAAAAGUGCAUGUCCAUUCAAGAUAUUUUACUAUUUCUUGUGGAGUUUUCCAGUGACCUAAUGCUUGUAGCCAAAUUGCUUAAAGAGUGUUUAUAUAUUUUUUCCUUAUAAAUUGUCUAUUUUUAAAAAAAAAAACAAAAUAUUUAAACACAAGCUGAAAAAGGGAGAAAAGGGGUGUUGAGGCCAAAAUGCCAGUAUUUGUUAAAAGAUUAAUACCCUUAAGUGGCACUCUGAUACCUUUCCAAGCUUGUCAUCAGAGGAGAAUCAAUAAUUAUGAACUGUUAUGUUUAGAGCAACUUAACAAUAUCUUUCUCAUUAGAAGCCGGGACCUAGAAAGCUCUUCCUAAGCCAUUUAAGAUUUUUUUUACAUUGAGUUUCAUAUUCUAGAACUUAAUAAGAUUGGUUUUUUUAAAACAGAAUCGUUUUAGCCUCAGGAUUGAGAAUGUGGAACCCAAAUAAAUAAGCUUUAAAAUCAAAUGCACAAUAAAAUCUUUGGAUUCUAGUUUGUUCCUUUAGAAUAUCAUCUCUACAGACUCUACCGGAGAUAAAAGAAGGCGUGGCAGUGCUGAAGUGGAAGGGGUUUAAAAGAAAGGGCCUUCCCAGCCAGCCAGCCUGUAGAAAAGAUCUACUCACCCUCUUUCCUUCCGUGUUCUGUUAAAUCAUGUCUGCCUCAUAGAGAGAGGGCUGCUGCCUUUGAGGAUUGUCUUGAAGUAAAAAUAAGCUUGGAACGUUCUCUCUAGAGAGGACAUAGGAUUUGGGAUCUUCUGAAAUGGCCCAGAAAAAUGGCUCGGUUCAAACACAAAUGAUCUAGGAUAAUUGGAAUGGAAAUACUAUCCAGAACUAUGAAUUUUAAAACAAGUUUAGCACUGUGCAAAGUAUUAACUAAGGAAGUCCCAAAAAAAAGGUGCUGUCACUUUAAGUUCUGGACUUGGGGUUGUUUGUAAUUGUAAACAGCAAAGUGUUUUUGUUUGUCUAUUUGUAAAGCAACCACCUUCCUUAUUGGAAGGAGAAAAAAAAUUUUGGGGGUACAUACAUGUAAAUACUUGCUGCAGCAUUUAAUAUGUUUAAUUUUAUGUUAAGCUUUUUGUUGCAUCGUGAACACAUUUAUUGUUACCAAUGGACAAUGAGUUCAUUAAGACUGUUACAACUAGGUCAGAUUUUUACAUCUCUUUCUAGCAAGAAGAGACAAGAUUUUGUGCAUUUGUACAAAUGUUAAUAAUAUCACUGCAAUUCCAUAUAAUAAAGCACUCAAAUGCAAAUAAUAUAUGUAACCUUUGUAUGAUGAAAUUUGGGUUUGGGGCUAAUGAUAUCUAUUCCACAUUGUCUCAUUCAUUCCUCAUAAACCAAGGCUUGCCAUUUCAGGGUCACCAUUAUCUAUGGAAAAAAGGAGGUGAGAUUUUCUCCUUCCUCAACCGGCACUGUGCUCUGACUCCCUUUCCAUCCAACUUCCCAACUGAAGACACUAAUCUAACACAUUCACAGGGUGUUGGCUGCACACGUAAGCUUCACUGUGAUUUGGGGGUUGAGGUUAGUGGAUUUUAGGUUCAUGUUCCAGCUAUAUCUAGGAACCAAGAAUCACAUGUUGGCUACUCAGGCAGUCAAAUCCUGGAGUUCUUUUCUUGACUUCCAGAGACUUCCCAAGGCCGGUCAUAGCCCCUUGAUGCACCCUUCUGGAUAUCCCAUCUU